AUGGAUUAUAAGAGAGAAGAUGAUGAUAAUGAUGAACAAAUUGAAAGAUUAAAAAGAAUAGAAGCUGAAAGAAAGAAACAAUUUAGAAAGAAGUUAAAAUAUUUGAUUCUCACUAUCAUUAUUGUGUUGGUAUUUUUUAGCAAUCUACCACUAGUCUCAACCUCAGAGGUAGAUACAGCAACAACUACUACAACUAUAGAUAUUAAUAAUAAUAAUAAUAAUAAUAAUAAUAUUUUAGAUACAACAAUUAUUGAGAAUAAUGAUAAUAAUAAUGAUUUACAAUCUAUAACACCAGCAGCAACAACAACAACAAAUACACAAACAUUAGAUAGUAAUAUAAUUAAAAUAAAUUUAAAAGAUAUCAAUGACACUACAGAACUAUUUGCAAUACAUAAACAAACAAACGAAACAUUUGUAUUAUUGAUCUAUAAAAUAGAAUGUACAUUUUCACAAAGAAUAUUACCUGUUUACAGUGCUCUUGCACAAUCGUUUCCAAAUAUGACAUUCUAUAGAAUGGAUAAGCUAAUAACAACACCAUCAUUGUUUAUAAUACAGAAUAGCACUUUGAAGAAAUACUUUGGUGAAAAACAAUUCGAAUCGAUAAGAGAAUGGGUAUCGGCAAUGACAGAGACACAGUAUGUCAAUGGUGUUCUUGUGGAUGAUAGUAUCGAUCUCGACUAUCUGCUGUCGACCUCUUCCUCACAGCCAUUCUCUGUGAUCGACAUGAUCUCUACAAACGCCAAUGUAAACUACUCAUCAAGGAGAUAUCUCCUCUUCAUUAGCACCUGCUACGUUAUCUUUUUAGUGAUCAAAGCAAUUCAUAAUCAACUAUCCAUAUCUUUUCAAAACACUUUCGAAAGAAAUAUAAAUAAUAUCGAAAUCAUGGUUUUAAAUACAAGAUCAGUUGAGCAAUCAUCGGUUAGAUUGAACUCACCAGACGAAAAUCAAACAGAGUUGACACUGCGCAACAACAAAAAGAGUGUAAACAACAGCAACGGUCUGUUAUCUUCGCCAAAGAAGGAGGUCGAUACAAAGAGAAAACAAAAAUUAAAAGAAUCAACUCUAAAGCAACAACAGCAACAACCACCACAACACCAAUUGAAUAACAGAAAGAAGAAACCAAUCGAUGGUUUCGUUCACAAUCGUAAAUUGACUCUGGUCAUUGGUUUCGGUCUCGUUUUGUAUUACUGUGCAAUGAUGUACGUACGUUAUCAGCAUCGUGGGCUGAUUGGAUUCGCCGAUACUCUCUGGCUCUGUAACAUGGCUGUUGUACUUGCAAUCCUUUCGAUCUUUACCAACAAACCAUUCAUUUUGUGCAUGGGUAUCACCACUACUUUCAUUGUACAUUUCCUCUGGGUCGUAGACGUCAUUACUUGGUUCACUCUUGGUUUCUUCCCACUUGGAAAUGCCGAAUAUAUUAGUUGGCCAAAUAUUACAUGGGGUGAGAUCAUCACUAGCACUCAUCAUGCCUGGUAUAUUCCCCUCAGUAUUUUACUUUUGCACAGAAACGGUGGAUACCAGAGAAGAGCAUGGCUUGGUAGCAGUAUCUGUGGUGUACCAGUUAUUUUAGUUAGCACUCUGUUCCCAAAGGAAAUCAUUGUAAACUCUGAAGUAUUCUAUUUAAAUAUCAAUUGCGCUCAAGAAUGGUGGAGAGAUGUUAGAGGAUGGCCAUUCAGUUUGAUUCCAGAGAGUGGAGUUGAAUACUUGAUAUUCUUACAUAUCUUUAGUUUUGUAUUGUUUUCUGUUACUCAUUUGGUUAUGAAGGGCAUCUGCGCAAUCACCAUUAAAAGACACUAA